AUGUCGUCGACACCGUAUCUCGACGCUCUCAGCAGGGACGGGUUCGUGACGAUUCCCAAUCUGAUCCCGCCCCAGUUGUUGCUAGCCCUCAAGGCAUGUAGUAAAUACACCACCGAUAGGGCACGACAAGGCAAGUGGCCAUACGUUCGGACGGUUCCAAAGCAGUAUCCGCCAUGGCAAGAGUGGAAGCCAGGAGACAACAUCUGGGGCAUCCAGCAUCUCCUUCACGCAGACAUGAAUGUCCGAGACACGUUUGCCGAGCUUUACUUCUCUGACGAGGUAUUAUCGGUGGUCAAGGAGUUACUGGGCCUCAAAGAUGAUCCUAACGGCGACGAGAAGUUGGUGAUGGAGCUGUUCAAUCUGCUUGUCAGCCCGGCCCAACACCAAGAUUUUGAGCUGAGCUGGCAUCGAGACGACAUUCGCCCAGACGUGACGCCGGAAGAGGAGGAGAGGCUACUGCAAGAGAAGAGUCCGGGGGGCCAACAGCUACAUGCCCAAUACAACAUUGCCCUGUUUCAGGAUUCGUCUCUCAUUGUCAUCCCGGGCAGCCAUCGGCGUGUGAGGACCGAGACAGAACGAGCGGCUGCUCCCUAUGAGCCACAUUUGCCAGCACAACUUGUGGUGGAGCUUCAGCCGGGGGAUGCCGUGUUCUAUGACAGCAACAUUCUCCAUCGUGGCAUCUACAAGGGCAUUGAUGUAACGAGCGACUUCGGCCGCAUGACACUCCACGGAUCGGUUGGCCUGGCAGGGCAUGGGAAUGAACGGGCACGUCAGGUCCUGCAGCACGCUGUUGGAGACUGGGUGGACAGAGCUCAAUUCUCGAUCGAGGGCCGCAGGGGCGAGCGAGCAGAAGGCAUGCGAAGGAGACUGGUUGACAUGGGCGGCGGAAAAGAUCUGGGAUAUUCUCUAGUAGGCUGA